GGGCCGAGACGAUGCUGCGUACAACGUUACAGACAAGACCUCUUUCUCUCCUUUGACGACGAAAAUUUGGACUGACUGAGAGUAAGAGUCAAGAUUGUAUGCGCCGUAAAUGAAGAGGGCCAUGAUUGGAUGGGUUCGGGGCAUGUCGAGGCGAGCGCUUAGGUUAGCCGGCGUCGCGUGUCCCACCUUUGGUGUUUUGCGCGGACGACUCCGUCUCUCCCUCUCUCUUCAUACCCGUCCCCACCACACACGACGCCCUCGCCCCCUCUCACGACCUCACCAUGUCAGGAUCGCGCACGGAUCUCCUCGCAUGGCUCAACGAGCUCCUCCAGAUCAACUACACUAAGGUCGAGCAAUGCGGCACCGGCGCCGCCUACUGCCAAGUCCUUGACUCGAUAUUCCUCGACGUGCCAAUGUCUCGCGUGAAAAUGAACGCGAAGCACGAGUACGAGUUUAUCGCCAACUUCAAGGUCCUCCAGAACGCAUUCAAGGCCAAAAAGAUCGACAAGCCCAUCUUAGUCGAGAGGCUCGUCAAAUGCAAAAUGCAAGACAACCUCGAGUUCUUGCAAUGGAUGAAGCGUUUCUGGGACUCCAACUACGGCGGACACGAGUACGACCCCGUCGCCCGCCGGCGCGGCGCUCCCGCCGAGCCACCAGCGACGAUCGCGCCCAUCGGUGGCGGCGGCAGCCGUGCCCCGGGCGGUCUUGGCGUGGGCGGCGCACGCUCGGGCGGGAAGACGCCGGUGACGGGCCACCGCGCGGGCUCGACGCAGCCGAGCGAGGCGGUGCAGAAUCUGCAGGCGCAGCUGCGCGACAUGUCGACGCACAUGGAGGGACUCGAGAAGGAGAGGGACUUUUACUUUGCGAAGCUGCGUGACAUCGAGAUCCUGGUGCAGCAGCAGAUCGAGGCCCUCGAGGCGGAAGGCAAAGACGACUUCACGCUCAACGAGAUCCAGAAGAUCCUCUAUUCCACCGAGGACGGCUUUGAGGUCCCCGAGAACGCCCCCGUCGAUGAAGAGGAGACCUUCUAGUCUGGUGGCGCACCGUGCGGCACCCUCUGCACAUCGCCUGCGGCACUACCGUACUUCUUCUUUUUCACUGUUUCUCCUGGAAUUUCUCCUACGUAGCCAUGCCGUGUUUCGCUCUGAUUUGCUAUAGUGGCCUGUCAUUCCAUUACCAUCCCCGCUCCCGCGCAUCUUGUGUUUUUUCGUGAGCCUAACUUAGGUUGACCAUGCUGUCGUUUCCAUAAUCACUUCCUUCUUCUUCAUGGUGCUUCUCGAAUAGAGUCCUCUUCGUAAUUCAUUCCCAUUAUGUCUGAG